AUGAGCUUGAGCGUAGCACUGGCCGUGAAAGCUGAGGUGCUGAAGCUGUUGAUGCAAGCGGGGGCCGACGUGUUGGACAAUGAUGCCACCAAUAGCACGGACCUGGAGGUCCUCAAGACGAUGGCCGCUUCCGAGCAUUGGCUGAUCCCCUCUGGCGAGGUGACCUUUCAGAAGUGCCUCUCCACCACGAUCAAGAGUGCCGUCUAUGUCGCAAACUGGCGGGGCCUCAAGGUUGUGGCGAAGACGGUGAAGGAUAUAAAGUCUUCUGGUCUCAACAUUCGGGAACAGGACAGCUCCACGGAAGCGAUCGCCAGACACGAGCUGAUGCACGAGAUGAGGACACUGUCCACGCUGCGUCACCCGGACCUGGUCCUUUUCCUGGGUGCCAGCCUGGACAAGACCACCUUCUUCCUCACAGAAUACAUGGAGGGAGGAGAUGUGGAGAAUUACAUGCGCAACCAGCGCAAGAAGAGCGGCAGGGACGACUUUAAGCCUUCGUUCAAUGUUUGCCUUUCCUGGUGCACCGCGAUGGCGCGCGCUUUGUCUUUUCUGCACGGCUGCGCAAGACCCAUCAUCCAUCGAGAUUUGAAGCCCUUGAAUCUGCUGCUGACGAAAGAUCUUACUUUGAAGGUGACAGACUUCGGCCUCAGCAAAAUUAUGCGGCCACGCUUGUUGGAUCCAUAUCUGAGAGAUUUGACACCAGCACCAAACAUGUCUGGCGGUGUUGGCACGUACCGGUACAUGGCUCCUGAAGUCGUGCGGUAUGAGCAAUACACGGACAAGAUCGAUAUCUACGCGAUGGCUCUCAUCAUGUAUUACAUUGCAUCAGGAAAGAUGCCCUAUUUCGACUACCGUGGCAAUGACCCAGAGGAGGUGCUCAAGGCGUACCUGCGGGGGGAGGAGCCGCGGCCCACCAUGAGCUCAUCCAUUGGCACUGCGGAGCUUCGACAGAUCAUGCAGGAUGCCUGGGCUGUCAAAGCCUCCGAGAGGCCAUCAGCGCAAGACUGCGUUGAGCGGUUGGAGAAAAUUCCCAGAGCAAAGAGUCGGAUGUUUGGCCUGUUCUGA